AGCGCCGCGCUGCCUGUCACCGGGGCGCCUGGUGGCGAUGGGCCGCCGGGGGGCCGCCGCGAAGGCCAGGCCACCCCCGGCGGAGGCCGCGCUGCCCCUUGAGCCCGGCGGCAGCGGCGGCCCGGCACCUCCCGCGCACCCGCUGGGCGCCAAGGCCGAGCGCCGAUCGCCGCUCCUGGGCUGCGCGGCGGCCCCGCCGCCGCCGUCGCCCCAGCGGGCGCUGCCGAUGACGCCCAAGGCCUCCCCGUCGCCGUACGCGUCGCCGAAGGCCGCGCCGGCGGCGCCCCCGGAGGUGUUGCCCGAUGAGGCCUACUACAGCGAGCCCGAGCGGGAGUUGAUGAGGUCCCCGUCGCGCAGCGACUUCGGCGCUCCUGGCGGCGCGGGCAAGGCGCGCCCGUCGGCGCUGACCGCGGGGUGCCUGGAGGAGGCGCAGCACGCGCCGGCUGUGGCGUUGCUGCAGGCCGAGGCCGCCCGCUUCCGCCGCGCGGCGGGCGCGGCCACGCCGGGGAGCUGCGGCGCGCAGGCGAGGCGGCAGCCGAGCGAGUCGCGCUCGCCGUCCUGCACCCGCAUGCCCCGCCGCAACUCGGAGCCGCUCUUCCCCGGCGCCUCCGAGCUGCCCAGCGGGCACGCCCGGGACGCCCGCCUCGCCCGCUGGCGCUGGUGCUGCCGCUGGUGCUGCCGCCGCCCGGCCCCCGCGGCGGCCGCCGCGCCGGCCGGGAGGCCGGGCGGCGCCCCCGGGCCCGCCUUCCUGCAGUGGCUGGCGGACGAGGUGCACAGCCGGCCCGUCGACGAGACGCAGCAGCUGCCCGGGGCGAGCCACCUGGCAGAGGUGGCGAAGGUGCCGAAGCGGCUGGAGAAGUUGCUGAUUAUCGGCGACCUGCUCUGCUGCGACAUCGUGCUCCACGAGCUCAGCUUCACGCCCCUGCAGGCCGCGGGGGCGCUGCUCAAGCUGCCGUGGAGGUACGCUCUCAAGGGGAGCCCGCUGAGAAUCACGGAGCUGGGAGACCUCAUCCGUCUCAGCCUGCUCCUUCUGAAUCUCUUGUUUAUGUUGGUUUUCUUCGACGUCUCGUGGAUGUAUCACUACAUCCGCGGGGAGUCGUUCCUGAAGCUGUAUGUCAUCUUCAACAUGCUGGAGAUGUUUGAGCGCUGGGCGCGGUCUGUCGGCGUCGACCUGUUCGACGUGGUCAUGGCCUCGGCUCAGCAGCAGUGGAGCUCUCUGCUCCCGAAGUAUCUUGCCACCCUGGCGUACUGCUGUCUGCACUCCUGCAUGCAUCUGGUCAGAGUGCUUCUCCUGCAGGUGGCGAUCAAUACGUCCUCCAGCGCCGUGUUCCUCAUCAUUGUGACGAACAACUUUGCUGAAAUCAAGUCCACGGUCUUCAAGAGGUACGAGGCGAAGUCUCUCUUCCCGAUCAUUGCCAGCGAUAUCGUGGAGAGGUUCUACCUGUUGACAGACGUCAUUUUCGUGUUGGCGAGAUUGAGCAUCUCCACUGGGCGCGGGACGUACAGCGGUCCCGACAUAGCGUUCUGGCUAUUCUUGUUGGUGAUUCUCGAGGUAGGCACCGAUUGGAUCAAGUUCUGCCUCAUCAUCAAGUUCAGCGAGCUGCCAGCCUCUGUGCUCGAGGUGUACAAGGAGGUCCUCAUCGCGGACGUCCUGCUCUGCCGGACACAGCACAUCCACGGCGCGGGCUCGGCGAAAAUGCCGGCGGUGCCCUUCCGCGGCAUCUCGGAGGAGGGCCAGGCCGCCGUUCUCGAUCCGCCCUCGUCCGCGCAUCCAUUCAUUCAGCCACUCGUUGCAGCGCCGGCUGGGCUUCAGCGGAGUCCCAUGACGACGAUCUUGGUCCUCCACUUCGUCAUGCUGGCGAGAUCGCCCUGCACCGCGGUGCUGCAGCAGCCGCGAGCCACGAUCGCCCUGCUCUCCGCGGCGAGCUUCGUGCUCGCCGUUCUCGCCAAGGCGCUGAUGGGCAUCUUCGUCCUCGGCUUCGCGGCGCGAUCCAGAAGGGGCUGGACCUCUUCCCGAAGAUCAAGUGCCUGUAGGCGGCGGCAGGCGCGGCCCCCGCGGGAGGCCCGCACGGCAGGCCCGCACGGCAGGCGGGCGCGCGCUCGCGCGGCGGCUGCGGCGCCGGCCGGGGGCCUCCGCGCUGGCGUGGCGGCCCAGGGAAGA